AUGAAUGAGAUGGCUCCUCAGAUCACCAGCAUCCUGCAGCGCAAGUUUUAUGGGCUUAAUCCACUGCCGUUUCCAUCCUAUGUUCUCUCGUUGAUGUUUAUAUCCAAGAUACAACCAGAUCUUGGAACUCUUCCAUUGAUACUAUUCGUCACUGCAAAACUUGUGUUAAUAUCGCGGAUGGAAAGGCGCGCCACCAAGAGCAUUAUGCGUUUAUCUGUUUUUGCCAUCUUUUCAUUACUUUCAUAUUUCAAAAAUACAAGUGCCCAUUCCUACUUUGCAGAAAUCUUUGCAUUUUUAUCCUUGACAUUCUUUGUGGAGGGGAAAUAUGUCUGGGCAUCAGCGAUGCUUUGUUUUUUGACCGCUACUGAUCCUCUUUCUCUUCCUGUAAUGUCUACUUAG